UUAUUUUUCUAUGUUACAACACUUUUCGAUGCGUCAUCAUUCACUUCGAUUGACGGCUGCUAUUUGCAACUAUUUGCGGCCGAUUUCCCAAAAACUUUAUUGAUUCUUAUUAGAAUAUUAGAGAUCUCCCAAAUACAUCAUGGGAGACUCUUUAGAUGGAAGUGAGAAUUCACCUGAGUCGCAAAAUGUCGUCGUUGUGGACUUCCAAGACUUUGCGAACUACUUGCGCAGAGCCGCAACGGUACUUUUGCCUGAAGAUGAUAUAGUUCCACCGGCUUUAAACGCUGCUUUGGACGAUAAAGUGAACCAAGAUUGCAUUCGAAAAUUCUUCUCAGACCCUCAGGUGUCUUCACUGUACGUGCAAAGGUUUUCUUCCAAAGAAGAUGACAGUGAACAGCCAACUGAAGGUGAAGAAGAGAAAGAAGCAGUUACUUACCAAAUCAGUAAUGAGGUUCACUUCUCAUCCUCCCGGGUGGCAGCUUUUGUAUGUAUCAAGCGUGGAGCGGUCAUAGAAGCUGACAAGUCCAUCCACAGUCAGCUGCGUCUCAUCAACCUGUCGGAUGGCUCCCCUUAUGAAACUCUUCAUGCUUUCAUUAGCAAAACCAUGGCUCCGUUCUUCAAGAGUUAUGUUAAAGAGAGUGGUAGAGCUGACAGGGAUGGAGACAAAAUGGCUCCAUCAGUGGAGAAGAAGAUUGCGGAGUUGGAGAUGGGACUUCUUCACCUCCAACAAAACAUUGAUAUCCCUGAGAUCACCCUACCUGUUCAUCCCCUUGUAGCUGCUGUCAUCAAAAGAGCUGCAGAUGAAGGGCGCAAACCUCGUGUCGCUGACUUCGGAGACAAGGUGGAAGACUCAACAUUCCUCAAUCAACUGCAGAAUGGAGUCAACCGAUGGAUCAAAGAAAUACAAAAAGUCACCAAAUUGGAUCGAGAUCCUUCCAAUGGAACGGCUCUUCAAGAAAUCUCCUUCUGGCUCAACUUGGAAAGAGCUCUCCAUCGAAUCCAAGAGAAACGAGAAAGCAUCGAGGUUGCCCUAACCUUAGAGAUACUGAAGUAUGGUAAGCGGUUCCAUGCAACAGUAUCCUUUGAUACGGACACCGGACUGAAGCAAGCUCUUGCAACAGUCUCGGACUACAACCCUCUCAUGAAAGACUUCCCUAUCAAUGAUCUGCUUAGUGCCACUGAACUGGAAAGGAUCAGAUUGGCAGUACAGCAGAUUUUCUCCCACCUACGGAAGAUUCGUUCUACUAAAUACCCUAUCCAACGUGGUUUGAGACUCGUCGAGGCUAUCUCGCGUGAUCUCGGACAGCAACUCCUUAAGGUGCUUGGUACGCGCCGGCUGAUGCAUAUUCCGUUUGAAGACUUCGAGCGUGUGAUGACUCAGUGCUUCGAAGUGUUCUCCUGCUGGGACGACGAGUACGAAAAACUGCAAGGAUUGCUGCGAGAUAUAGUAAAGAAGAAGCGAGACGAGCACCUGAAGAUGGUAUGGCGCGUGUCUCCGUCACACAAGCGACUGCAGGCGCGCAUGGAACACAUGCGACGGUUCCGCAGGCAUCAUGAACAACUGCGCACUGUCAUGCUCAGGGUGCUCCGCCCCCGCGCGACAGUGGCGACGGACGCGGGCGCGGGCGGGGAGCCCGCGCAGCCACAUUCUCUACCCAUGGAUGCAGCUGACGCUAACGCCAUUGCAGAGGUGAACCUCGCGUACGAGAAUGUGAAGGAGGUAGAUUGUCUGGAUAUAUCCCGCGAGGGCUGUGAUGCUUGGGAGGCGGCGGUCAGACGCUAUGAAGAUAGAAUCGACCGCGUGGAGACCCGCAUCACAGCUCACCUCCGCGACCAGCUAGGAACAGCGAAGAACGCGAACGAAAUGUUCCGCAUCUUCUCCCGCUUCAACGCAUUGUUCGUACGUCCACACAUCCGAGGCGCCAUUCGAGAGUACCAAACACAACUAAUACAGAGAGUCAAGGACGAUAUCGAAACUUUACAUGAGAAAUUUAAGGUACAAUAUCCUCAAUCGAAGUGCAGUCGAUUGUCUUUGGUGCGCGAUCUGCCGCCCGUGGCUGGUUCCAUUAUUUGGGCGAAGCAGAUCGACCACCAACUCACGGCGUACUUAAAAAGAGUUGAGGAUGUACUGGGUAAAGGAUGGGAGAAUCACAUUGAAGGUCAGAAACUUAAAGCCGAUGGUGACAGUUUCCGUCUUAAACUGGACACACAAGAAGUCUUUGAUGAUUGGGCUCGCAAGGUUCAACAACGUAAUUUAGGCGUCUCUGGCCGUAUCUUCGCUAUUGAGUCAGUUCGUGCUCGCUCUAGCAAAACCGGCACCAUAUUGAAGCUGAAGGUCAACUUCUUACCUGAGAUUAUCACGCUCUAUAAAGAAGUGCGCAAUCUGAAAAACCUUGGAUUCAGGGUACCACUUGCCAUAGUGAACAAGGCUCAUCAAGCGAACCAACUGUAUCCCUUCGCAAUAUCUCUCAUCGAAAGCGUGAGGACUUACGAACGAACGCUCGAGAAGCUAAAUAAUAGGAAUCAUACCAAGAUCCGCGACAAGGCGUCUAUAAUUCCACUGGUGGCUGGUCUGCGUCGUGAUGUACUGAACCAAGUGUCUGAAGGCAUGGCUCUUGUAUGGGAGUCAUACAAACUGGAUCCUUAUGUUCAGAAGCUAAGUGAAGUCGUGCUUCUGUUCCAAGAGAAAGUGGAAGACCUACUAGCAGUAGAGGAACAGAUCUCAGUGGACGCUCGUUCCCUGGAAACCUGUCCGUACUCCGCAGUGAGCCUGGCGGACAUCCUUAGUCGCCUGCAGCGCGCUAUAGACGACCUGUCGCUGCGACAGUACAGCAACUUGCAUUUGUGGGUGCAACGACUUGAUGAAGAGGUUGAGAAGAGCUUGGCGGCUCGUCUGCAAGCCGGUAUUGAAGCGUGGACAUCAGCUUUACUCGGCAAGAGUCAUGAGCUGGACCUGUCUAUGGACACCUACUCUCCUACUGAGCCUACCCACAAACCUGGUGGCGAACCACAGAUUGCCCGCGUCGUCCACGAAGUUCGCAUUACCAACCAGCAGAUGUAUCUGUUCCCGUCCCUGGAGGAGGCUCGCUUCCAACUCAUGCGGCAGAUGUUUGCCUGGCAAGCUAUCGUCACUAGCCAGCAUCGCUUGCAAAGCACCAGAUACCAAGUCGGCGUGGCUCGGGCACAAACUGCGACCUACAGGAACCUACUGACCAAACUGCCCGCUGGAUCAUCUCCAUUGGAGAACGCAUACGACGCCAUCGAACAGAAGAUCUCUCAAGUUCGCGAAUAUGUCGACGAAUGGCUACGUUAUCAAGCCCUCUGGGAUCUGCAGCCUGAAAGUCUGUACGGCCGUCUCGGUGAAGAUAUCACUCUCUGGAUCAAAUGUCUGAAUGAUAUCAAAAAAUCCCGCACAACGUUCGAUACAUCAGACACGCGCCGGGAAUACGGCCCCGUAGUGAUAGACUUCGCGCGCGUCCAGAGUAAAGUAGCGCUGAAGUACGACGCCUGGCACAAGGAGGUGCUCGGCAAGUUCGGAGCCUUGCUGGGCGGAGAGAUGGUCACCUUCCACUCACAGCUCGCCAAGUCAAGGAGCCAGCUCGAACAACAGACUAUUGAGGCCGCAUCGACCAGUGAUGCCGUAUCCCUCAUUACUUACGUGCAACAGCUGAAGAGGGAAGUACUAGCCUGGGAGAAACAAGUCGACAUCUACAGGGAAGCUCAACGCAUUCUGGAAAGACAGAGAUUCCAAUUCCCCGCGCAAUGGCUGCAUGUAGAUAACAUCGAAGGGGAAUGGAGUGCAUUCAAUGAGAUAAUGCGCAGGAAGGACUCUUCUAUUCAGACUCAGGUCGCCUCCCUCCAACAAAAAAUCGUGGCAGAAGACAAAGCCGUUGAAGCUCGUACUCUUGAAUUCUUAACGGAGUGGGAACGUAGCAAGCCCACAGAUGGGUCCACUAGACCAGAGGACGCUCUGGCCAGGCUGCAGGCGAUGGAAACCAGAUACACCAGGCUUAAGGAUGAGAGGGAUAAUGUUGCUAAGGCUAAGGAAGCUCUUGAGUUGCAUGAUACUGGAAGCUCAAUCAACAACGAGCGUAUGACAGUAGCGCUUGAAGAGCUGCAGGACUUGCGCGGAGUGUGGUCUUCGCUCAGCAAGAUUUGGACUCAGAUCGACGAUAUCAGGGAGAAGCCUUGGCUCUCUGUACAGCCUAGGAAACUCAGGCAACAACUGGAGGCGAUGUUGAACGAGCUCAAAGAGCUGCCGGCUCGUCUCCGCAUGUACGACAGCUACGAAUACGUCCGCAAACUACUGCAGUCCUAUACUAAGGUUAACAUGUUGAUAGUGGAGUUGAAGUCAGACGCUUUGAAGGAGCGUCACUGGCGCCAACUAUGCCGAGCCCUUAAAGUCGACUGGUCUCUGUCGGAACUGACGCUGGGACAGGUGUGGGAUGCCGACCUACUGCACAACGAACAUACCGUCAAGGAUGUAGUCUCUGUCGCACAGGGAGAAAUGGCGCUUGAGGAGUUCUUGAAACAGGUGCGGGAGUCCUGGCAGAGCUAUGAACUGGACCUAAUCAACUACCAGAACAAAUGCAAGAUCAUCCGCGGCUGGGACGACCUGUUCAACAAAGUGAAGGAACACAUCAACAGCGUCGCUGCUAUGAAACUCUCUCCUUACUACAAGGUGUUCGAAGAGGAAGCCCUAACUUGGGAAGAAAAGCUGAACCGUAUCAAUGCUCUGUUCGACGUAUGGAUUGACGUCCAACGUCGCUGGGUGUACCUGGAGGGAAUCUUCAGUGGAUCCGCCGAUAUCAAGACCUUGCUGCCUGUCGAGACGAGCCGUUUCCAGAGCAUCAGCUCCGAGUUCUUGGGCCUGAUGAAGAAAGUCGGAAAGUCUCCGAUGGUGAUGGACGUGCUCAACAUUCCUGGAGUACAACGUUCUUUGGAACGUCUCGCCGACUUGCUCGGAAAGAUCCAGAAGGCGCUCGGUGAAUACUUGGAAAGAGAAAGGAGCAGCUUCCCGAGAUUCUACUUCGUGGGAGACGAAGAUCUGUUGGAAAUCAUCGGUAACAGCAAGAACAUCGCUCGUCUACAGAAGCACUUCAAGAAGAUGUUCGCUGGCGUCGCCGCCAUCAUACUCAAUGAUGACAACACCGUUAUCAAUGGUAUUGCCUCCCGCGAGGGUGAAGAGGUAUACUUCACGUCGCCAGUAUCAACGAUUGAGAAUCCCAAGAUCAACUCCUGGCUAUCGAUGGUGGAGCGAGAGAUGCGCGUGACCUUGGCCUGUCGCCUCAAGGACGCCGUAGGUGAUGUCAAGCAGUUCAAAGAUGGAAACGUCGACCCUCAGAAGUUUAUUGAUUGGUGCGAUAAGUAUCAGGCGCAAAUCGUAGUCCUAGCGGCUCAGAUACUCUGGUCGGAAGACGUGGAAGCAGCUUUAGCCAGCGGCGGUGGAGACGGACUCAAGCGAGUCCUAGCACACGUGGAGAACAUGCUAAACAUUCUGGCUGACUCCGUACUGCAGGAACAACCACCACUCAGGAGGAAGAAACUUGAGCAUUUGAUCAACGAGUUCGUCCACAAACGUACGGUGACCCGUCGCCUGAUUGCCUCGGACGUGAACAGCCCGCGCUCCUUCGAGUGGCUCUGCGAGAUGCGAUUCUACUUCGACCCCAGAAAUAAUGACGUGCUGCAACAACUCACCAUCCACAUGGCUAACGCUAAAUUCUUGUACGGCUUUGAAUACCUUGGAGUACAAGACCGCCUGGUACAGACUCCUCUGACAGAUCGCUGCUACCUCACCAUGACACAGGCUUUGGAAGCCAGGCUUGGAGGAUCACCAUUCGGUCCCGCCGGUACUGGUAAGACGGAGUCGGUGAAAGCUCUCGGCAACCAGCUCGGUCGGUUCGUGUUGGUAUUCAACUGCGAUGAAACCUUCGACUUCCAAGCCAUGGGCCGUAUCUUCGUCGGUCUUUGUCAGGUGGGAGCCUGGGGUUGCUUCGACGAGUUCAAUCGAUUGGAAGAGAGAAUGUUGUCAGCCGUCUCCCAACAGGUGCAAACCAUCCAAGAAGCUCUCAAGAGUCACCAGGAAGGAGAUAACACCAGCAAGUCCAUUACAGUGGAACUGGUCGGCAAACAAGUCCGUGUAAGCCAAGAUAUGGCAAUCUUCAUCACAAUGAACCCUGGAUACGCUGGACGUUCCAACUUGCCUGACAACUUGAAGAAGUUGUUCCGAAGCUUGGCCAUGACCACUCCGGACAGGCAGCUGAUUGCUGAAGUCAUGUUGUUCAGUCAAGGGUUCAGGACCGCUGAGAAACUCGCCUGCAAGAUUGUGCCUUUCUUCAAACUGUGCGACGAACAGUUGUCCAACCAAUCGCAUUACGACUUCGGACUGCGAGCGCUCAAGUCCGUACUCGUGUCUGCGGGUAACGUGAAACGUGACCGUAUUCAGAAGAUCAAGGAGAAUUUAAUCGAACGUGGUACGGAAGUUCCCGAUGAGGCGUCGAUUGCUGAGUCUUUGCCUGAACAAGAUAUUUUGAUCCAAUCAGUGUGUGAGACUAUGGUGCCGAAACUAGUCGCCGAAGAUAUACCGCUGUUGUUCUCAUUACUCAAUGAUGUCUUCCCUAACGUUGGAUAUACUAGGGCUGAGAUGACUGGAUUGAAGAAUGAGAUCCGUGCGGUAUGCGCCGAAGAGUUCUUGGUUUGUGGAGAAGGUGACGAACAGGGAUCCACCUGGAUGGACAAGGUCCUUCAAUUAUACCAAAUCUGCAAGUUGAAUCAUGGUCUCAUGAUGGUCGGACCUUCUGGAAGUGGCAAGUCUACUGCGUGGCGCGUACUGCUUAAAGCUCUUGAGAGAUAUGAAGGUGUGGAAGGUGUAGCUCACGUGAUCGACCCCAAGGCGAUGUCUAAAGAAACACUCUACGGUGUACUGGAUCCUAACACUCGUGAAUGGACUGACGGUCUCUUCACACAUAUACUCAGGAAAAUCAUCGACAACGUCCGUGGUGAGAUCAACAAACGUCAAUGGAUUAUAUUCGACGGUGACGUAGAUCCGGAAUGGGUGGAGAACUUGAACUCAGUGCUUGAUGACAACAAGCUACUUACUUUGCCAAACGGAGAGCGUCUGUCUUUGCCUCCUAAUGUACGAGUGAUGUUUGAGGUACAAGAUCUGAAAUACGCUACCCUAGCUACAGUCUCUCGUUGUGGUAUGGUCUGGUUCUCACAAGAUGUGCUGACAACUGAAAUGAUCUUCGAGAACUAUCUUAUGAGGUUGAGAAACAUCCCACUAGAAGAUGGAGAAGAAGAUUCCUUCAGCAUCGUGAUGGCUGCGCCCACUGCUGGAGGAGAUCAGAACGCCACUGAAAAUAUCUUGUCUCCUGCUUUACAAACUCAACGUGAUGUAGCCGCUAUACUGCAACCUCUGUUCUUCGGCGACGGUUUGGUCGUGAAGUGUUUGGAACGCGCGGUCAGCCUCGACCAUAUCAUGGACUUCACGCGCCAUAGAGCGCUGUCUUCUCUGCAUUCUAUGCUUAACCGUGGUGUUAGAAACAUCCUGGCAUAUAACCGUCAGCACCCCGACUUCCCGAUCACCAAUGAACAACUAGAAGCUUACGUCCCAAAAUGGCUUGUAUACUCUCUGUUAUGGUCCUUUGCCGGUGAUGCCAAACUUAAGGAUCGCAAUGAACUCGGCGACUUCAUCCGAUCUGCCAGCACCAUGCAGUUGCCUAACUGUGGAGCUAACCAGCACAUUAUCGACUUUGAGGUGGCAAUAACCGGCGAGUGGGUGCCAUGGUCAGCCAAGGUCCCUCAGAUAGAGGUAGAGACCCACAAGGUGGCGGCCCCUGACGUAGUCGUCCCCACCCUGGACACAGUGCGACACGAGGCCUUGCUCUAUACUUGGCUUGCUGAGCAUAAACCGCUGGUACUCUGCGGUCCUCCUGGAUCCGGUAAAACAAUGACCCUAUUCUCUGCACUCCGAGCUCUACCAGACAUGGAAGUUGUCGGCCUGAACUUCUCCUCAGCAACUACUCCUGAACUAUUGCUGAAGACUUUUGACCAUUAUUGCGAGUACAGAAAGACUCCCAAUGGAGUUGUUCUGGCUCCAGUCCAGCUCGGCAAAUGGCUAGUACUGUUCUGUGACGAAAUCAACUUGCCGGACAUGGAUCAGUACGGAACUCAGCGUGUCAUCUCCUUCUUGAGACAGUUACUCGAACAUAAGGGCUUCUACAGGGCCAGUGAUCACUCAUGGGUCCACUUGGAGCGCAUUCAGUUCGUGGGUGCGUGUAACCCGCCCACAGACCCCGGACGAAAACCGCUCUCACACAGGCUACUGCGACACGUGCCUGUCAUAUACGUCGACUACCCGGGAGAGACUUCUUUGGAACAGAUCUACGGCACAUUCACCCGCGCCAUGCUACGUAUGCAGCCAGCCCUGCGUGGGUACGCGGAGCCACUGACUCAGGCCAUGGUGAAGCUAUACCUGGCGUCACAGGAGAGAUUCACUCAGGAUAUGCAGCCGCACUAUGUAUACUCGCCUAGAGAGAUGACCAGAUGGGUGCGGGGAAUUUGCGAGGCUAUUAGGCCCCUAGAUAACUUGAACGUCGAAGGCUUAGUAAGGUUAUGGGCACACGAGGCUCUGCGUCUCUUCCAAGAUCGUUUGGUCGAUGACACGGAAAGACAAUGGACUGACGAGAACAUCGACAAUGUCGCUAUGAUGUUCUUCCCAGGUAUUAACAGAGAACAGGCGUUGGCUCGUCCUAUCCUGUACAGUAACUGGCUCAGUAAGGACUAUGUGCCAGUACACAGAGAUCAACUGCGUGAAUAUGUGAAGGCUAGAUUGAAGGUGUUCUACGAGGAAGAGUUAGACGUGCCGCUGGUACUGUUCGACGAGGUCCUGGACCACGUGUUACGUAUCGACCGUAUCUUCAGACAGCCGCAGGGACAUCUGUUACUCAUUGGAGUCUCAGGCGCUGGUAAAACGACGCUCAGUCGCUUCGUCGCCUGGAUGAAUGGACUUAGCAUCUUCCAGAUUAAGGUGCACAACAAAUACACGGGUGCGGACUUCGACGAGGACUUGCGUUCAGUGCUCCGUCGCGCCGGGUGUCGCGAUGAGAAGGUGGCCUUCAUACUCGACGAGUCUAACGUACUCGACAGCGGGUUCCUUGAAAGAAUGAACACUCUGUUGGCUAACGGAGAGGUUCCUGGUCUGUUCGAAGGAGAUGAGUUUGCGGCACUCAUGACUCAGUGCAAAGAAGGAGCGCAGCGAGAAGGCUUGAUGCUGGAUUCCAACGACGAGUUGUACAAAUGGUUCACCGGUCAAGUAAUGCGCAACCUGCACGUAGUGUUCACGAUGAACCCCUCGUCGGAAGGUCUGAAGGACCGCGCCGCCACCUCGCCCGCGCUCUUCAACAGAUGUGUGCUUAACUGGUUCGGGGACUGGAGCGAUGGUGCUCUGUUCCAAGUGGGUAAAGAAUUCACUCAGCGCAUGGACCUGGACUCAGCCGAGUACACACCGCCGGACGGUUUCCCGUCAGCGUGCGGCGAGGUGGGCGAGCGACCCUCGCACCGAGAGGCCGUCGUCAACGCUUGUGUAUAUGUACACCAGACCUUACAUAGAGCUAACGCUAGUCUCGCCAAGAGAGCCAACCGUACUAUGGCUAUUACUCCUCGUCACUACCUAGACUUUAUCCAACAAAUGGUGAAGUUGUACGCGGAGAAGCGAGCGGACUUAGAGGAACAACAGCUUCACUUGAACGUCGGUCUCGGCAAGAUCGCGGAGACUGUCGAACAGGUCGAGGAGAUGCAGAAGAGUCUCGCUGUCAAGUCACAGGAACUGCAACAAAAGAACGAAGCCGCUAACGCCAAGCUGAGACAGAUGGUAAAAGACCAACAAGAAGCUGAAAAGAAGAAGGUUGAGAGUCAAGAGAUUCAGGUGGCUCUAGAAAAACAAACGAAGGAGAUAGAAGCGAAACGUCGCGAUGUAAUGGCGGACCUCGCGCAAGUGGAGCCCGCCGUCAUUGAAGCGCAAAAUGCGGUCAAAUCUAUAAAGAAGCAGCACUUGGUGGAAGUGAGAUCUAUGGGCAAUCCGCCGGCGCUGGUCAAGGUCGCUCUGGAGUCCAUCUGCCUGCUCCUCGGGGAGAAUGCGACGGACUGGAAGGCCAUCCGCGCCGUCAUCAUGCGGGAGAAUUUCAUCAACAGCAUCGUCUCCAAUUUCUCCACCGAGGACAUAACUGACGAUGUUCGCGAGAAAAUGAGGACACGUUACCUCUGCAACCCUGAUUACAACUUCGAGAAGGUCAACAGAGCCAGUAUGGCUUGUGGUCCUAUGGUGAAAUGGGCUAUCGCUCAGAUCGAAUACGCAGACAUGUUGAAACGUGUGGAACCAUUGCGCAACGAACUCAAGGCUUUAGAAGACCGCGCACAGAGCAACGUGACAGCUGGCAACGAAGUUAGCGAGCUGAUCGCACAGUUGGAGAAAUCUAUCGCGUCCUACAAGGAAGAAUAUGCUCAGCUCAUUAGCCAAGCUCAAGCCAUCAAGACUGAUCUGGAGAAUGUUCAGGCUAAGGUGGAUAGAUCUAUCGCUCUACUGAAGAGUUUGGUGAUCGAACGUGAACGUUGGGAGUCUAGCUCGGAGACAUUCCGCUCACAAAUGAGCACCAUUGUCGGAGAUGUGUUACUGUCCGCCGCCUUUAUUGCUUAUGGUGGAUACUUCGAUCAACACUACCGUCAAAAUCUGUUCACGACGUGGACAGCGCAUUUAGCAGCUGCGAACAUCAAGUACCGUGCAGACAUAGCUCGCACGGAGUAUCUCAGUAACCCUGACGAGCGACUGCGCUGGCAGGCAAAUGCACUACCUACCGACGAAUUAUGUGUGGAAAACGCUAUCAUGCUAAGGCGCUUCAACCGUUACCCUCUGAUCAUCGAUCCUUCUGGACAAGCAACAGAGUUCAUAAUGCGGGAGUUCAAGGAACGCAAGAUCACGAAGACCUCCUUCCUCGACGACUCCUUCAGGAAGAAUCUGGAGUCUGCCCUGCGUUUCGGAAACCCGCUACUUGUACAAGAUGUGGAAAACUACGACCCGAUCUUAAACCCUGUCCUGAACAGAGAGCUCCGUCGUACUGGUGGCCGUGUGCUCAUCACCCUAGGAGACCAGGAUAUUGAUCUCAGUCCGUCAUUCGUCAUCUUCCUUAGUACCAGGGACCCAACAGUAGAGUUCCCUCCGGACAUGUGUUCUCGAGUGACAUUCGUGAACUUCACGGUGACGCGGUCCUCGCUGCAGUCUCAGUGCUUGCACAGAGUGCUCAAGGCGGAGAGACCUGAUAUUGAUACCAAGAGGUCUGACCUGCUCAAACUUCAAGGCGAGUUCCACCUCCGUCUACGUCAGCUAGAGAAGUCGUUGCUCCAAGCUCUGAACGAUGCUAAGGGCAAGAUCCUUGACGACGAUUCCGUCAUUGCCACCCUCGAGACUUUGAAGAAGGAAGCCGAUGACAUCGGACAGAAGGUCGAGGAGACCGACAAAGUUAUUGCUGAGAUUGAAACUGUUAGCCAGCAGUACUUACCGCUGUCGCAAGCAUGCAGCAGCAUCUACUUCACGAUGGAGUCGCUCCACCAAGUACACUUCCUCUACCAGUACUCUUUGAAGAUGUUCCUGGACAUCUUCAGCUCCGUGCUCGUUUGUUCUAUGCUCAGUGGCAUCACUGACUAUACUGCUAGGCUCAAGAUCAUCACUGAAGAACUUUUUGCUGUGGUAUACGAGCGAGUAGCCCGCGGCAUGCUCCACACAGACCGGCUGACCUUCGCACUACUGCUGUGUCGCAUACAGCUCAAGGGUACUGGCGCUGAGGAUACUCUCGACCGCGCCUUCGGUGUGUUCCUCGGAGGAAAGGAGGGCUUCGUGUCCACCACUGAUCCUAUCGAACCUCUCACGCAUGCUCAACAUGAUGCCGCUGCUAGACUUAGCUCCAGGCUGCCCCAGUUCCGGCGCCUGCUGGCGAAGGUGAGCGAGUUGCCGGAGCUGGCGGCGUGGCUGUCGCAGGCGGCGCCCGAGCAGUGCGUGCCCACGCUGUGGGACGGGGACGCCGCCGCGCCGCCCGCGCCGCAUACACUCGCCAUGUACCGCCUGCUACUCAUACAGGCAUUCCGUCCGGACCGUGUAAUAGCCGCAGCAACUCAGCUAGUUACAGCAGUACUGGGCGCCGGGUACAUGGCUAAGGCGGAGACCGAGCUGGACCUGGCGUCCAUCACUGAAACACAGCUCAAUGCUACCACGCCCGCGUUACUGUGCUCCGUGCCUGGAUAUGAUGCUAGUGGUCGUGUGGACGAUAUGGCAACUGAACUGAACAAGCCUUUAUCCAGCAUAGCUAUUGGUUCCGCUGAAGGUUUCAACCAGGCAGAACGUGCCAUCAAUACUGCCUGCAAGACUGGACGCUGGGUAAUGCUAAAGAACGUGCACCUGGCCCCUGUAUGGUUGGUACAGCUGGAGAAGAAGCUGCACUCCCUGCAGCCACACCCCAACUUUAGACUGUUCCUGACCACGGAGAUCAGUCCCAAGUUGCCCGUCAACUUACUGCGAGCCGGCAGGGUACUGGUCUUCGAACCCCCGCCCGGUAUCAGGGCUAAUCUGCUCAGGACUUUCGCUACUGUGCCGGCAGCGCGCAUGAUGAAACAACCAUCGGAACGUGCAAGACUGUACUUCUUACUGGCUUGGUUCCACGGUAUCGUACAAGAACGUCUGCGUUACGUGCCGCUCGGCUGGGCUAAGUACUACGAGUUCAAUGAAUCUGAUCUGAGAGUUGCUUGCGAUACUCUGGAUACAUGGAUCGAUGCUACUGCUAUGGGUCGCACCAACCUGCCACCAGAGAAGGUACCAUGGGAGGCACUGGUCACUCUCCUGUCCCAGUGUAUCUACGGAGGCAAGAUCGAUAACUCGUUCGACCAACGUCUGCUGCACUCCUUCCUCUGCAAGCUAUUCACGCCCAAGUCAUUCGAAGCUGACUUCGCGCUGGUCGCUAAUGUUGAUGGGGCAAGUGGCAACCAACGUCACAUCACGAUGCCGGACGGUAACCGUCGUGAUCACUUCCUGAAAUGGAUUGAAGAUCUAUCGGACAGACAGACGCCAUCAUGGCUUGGACUGCCGAAUAACGCUGAGAAGGUGCUCCUAACAAACCAAGGCAGCGACUUGGUGUCCAAACUCCUGAAGAUGCAGCAACUAGAGGAUGAGGAAGAACUGGCUUAUAACGCUGCUGCACAGGACCAUGACGCUGUCGCAGACUCUAUGGUCGCUGGCCGACCCGCCUGGAUGAAGACAUUACAUGCGACUGCUACCAACUGGUUGCAACUACUGCCGCAACAGUUGCCGACAUUGCGUCGUACCGUGGAGAAUAUCAAAGACCCACUGUACCGAUUCUUCGAGCGUGAGGUCGCCGCCGGUGCGUCGUUGCUGCAACAAGUGUUGCACGAUCUGCGCAACGUUCUCUCUAUUUGUCAGGGCGAGAUGAAGCAGACCAACGAGACGCGCGCGAUGGUGGGCGCGCUGGUCCGCGGCAUGCUGCCGGGCAGCUGGCGGCGCUACGCGGUGGCGCGCGGCUGCACCGUGCAGCAGUGGGUGGGCGACUUCGCGCACCGCGUCACGCAGCUCGCCGCCGUCUCCGACGCCGUCGCCGCGCAGGGGGCCAAGCGACUGCAGAGUAUCCCAGUAUGGCUGGGCGGUCUACUGAACCCUGAAGCGUACAUCACCGCUACCCGCCAGUGUGUGGCUCAGGCCAAUUCCUGGUCUCUUGAGGAACUGCAUCUUCAGGUCACCAUCCCCGACCCCGGCACUCCAACAGAGAACGCUCAAACAGAAUGGUCAUUCUCUGUGACCGGUCUGAAGCUACAAGGCGCCACUGUGAAGGGCAACAGAUUGCUCCUCACCAACACUAUCAUGGUGGAUCUGCCGCUCACCGUGCUUACUUGGAUCCGCGGUCCUGAAACGUCAACAGGCGGUCAGUCCCUGACCCUGCCGGUGUACUUGAACAGCGCUCGCUCCGAGUUACUGUUCACGGUGCGCCUGCCCAUCGCGCCCGGACAGGAGCCCCACGCCUUCUACGAGAGGGGCGUAGCCCUACUCACCUCCACCGCACUUAACUAGACACUUAU